GUUGCUCAGGGGACCCCUUGAGCUAGCCAAUGAGAAGUGCACAGGUCCCGGUCGCCCGGGAAACCACAUAACAACAAGAUGGCGGCGCCGUGGGACGGCUCGCUGGGCCUGCGUGGGAGCUCCUGACAGCUAGAAUCUAGAACUAUGAGCUCACCUUUGGCCUCCCUUAGUAAGACCCGGAAAGUGCCCCUGCAGUCGGAGCCUGUGAAUCCUGGGAGGCGAGGGAUACGAAUCUACGGAGAUGUGCCUGCAUCCCAUGACUCGGACCUGAUGAGCGCCAUGACGCGGAAGUUGCGGGAUCUGGAGCGGCAGGUGAAGGCCCAGACUGAUGAGAUGCUGUCCAAGGAUCGGAAGAUAUCAGCCCUGGAGAACUUGGUGCAGACCCUCCAGCAGCCCCAGGUCGAGGCGACCCUGCAGCGGCAGGAGGAGCUGGAAACGAUGUGUGUGCAGCUGCAGCGGCAGGUCGGGGAGAUGGAGCGCUUCCUCAGUGACUAUGGCCUGCAGUGGGUGGGCGAGCCCAUGGACCAGGAGGACUCAGAGAGCAAGAUAGUCUCAGAAGAUGGCGAGAGGGACUGGAUGACAGCCAAGAAGUUCUGGAAGCCAGGGGACUCACUGGUGCCCCCUGAGGUGGACUUUGACAGACUGCUGGCCAGCCUGAAGGACCUCAGUGAAUUGGUGGUAGAGGGUGAAACCCAGGUGUUGCCGGUGCCCGGUGGGGCAAGGCUCCGUGCCCUUGAGCCCAUCCCACUGAAGCUCUACCGGAAUGGCAUCAUGAUGUUCGACGGGCCCUUCCGGCCCUUCUAUGAUCCCUCCACUCAGCGCUGCCUCCGAGACAUACUGGAUGGCUUCUUUCCCUCAGAGCUCCAGCGGCUGUACCCCGAUGGGGUCCCCUUUAAGGUGAGUGACCUGCGCAAUCAGGUCUACCUGGAGGAUGGGCUGGACCCGUUCCCAGGCGAGGGCCGCGUGGUGGGCCGGCAGCGGAUGCACAAGGCCUUGGACAGGGUGGAGGAGCACCCAGGCUCCAGGAUGACCGCCGAGAAAUUUCUGAACAGGCUUCCCAAGUGUGUGAUCCGGCAAGGCGAGGUGAUUGACAUCCGGGGCCCCAUCCGGGACACCUUGCAGAACUGCUGCCCAUUGCCUGCCCGGGUCCAGGAGAUCGUGGUGGAGACACCUACCCUGGCGGCUGAGCGGGAGAGGAGCCAGGAGUCGCCCAACACACCGGCGCCCCCACUCUCCAUGCUGCGCAUCAAGUCUGAGAACGGGGAGCAGGCCUUCCUCCUGAUGAUGCUGCCCGAGGACACCAUCGGGGACGUGCGCACCCUGCUAGCACGGUCCAGGGCCAUGGAUGUCACUGCCUUUGAGAUCUUAAGCACGUUCCCGCCGAAGGUCUACCGCGAUGACACGCUCACGCUGCAGGCUGCAGGCCUCGUGCCCAAUGCUGCACUGUUGCUGCGGGCGCCCCGGGCCCCGCAGUCUGGCCCCAACUUUGGUCCUGGUUCUGGCCCCAGCCCGGAAUAA